AUGCCAAAUGACAACGCAAUACCACCAGCCACAGCGACACUCAAUGCCCGACAGGGACACAAACUAGUCUCUCCAAGCCAACCAGGAGAUGCCCCUCCCGGACCUCAAUGCCCAGCACCAACAUGCAUUGACAAUCGACAUACAGUGGCACUGCAGCCCUCUGAACCACAACCAAAUCGAAUCAUGAGGCGCCCAGAGACCGCCCCGCCCCGCCCCGCCCCGCCCCAUGGGAGAACAGCAGAGAGCCGUGCCGAGGAGCUCCCCACCUCCAGGACCAGCGACAACCUCACCCAUCCCCAGCCCCACCAGGGCACAGAACCACCGCAGAGAUCCCCGAAACCACAAGCCCCCACACAUCCCCAAGGCAGCUCAGCGCAGCCACAACCCCAAGCCCACCAACCCCCUCGACGGGGAAACCGCAGACGCCCGACCAACGGACACACCAUGACCCACACUGCACGUACACCACCAGACAGAAACCCACUGCAAGCACCUCCCCCCACCAACUCCCACCGCCAUGCUCCACCGCUCGCCACCCCCACUCGCCCGGCCCCAUACACAGGACCCACAGGGAGCCAGCCAAGCGCCGAGUGCCACCACACCUGCACAGCUGCCAAAAUCACCACCCACACGCAGGCCACAGAUGGCCCGGAUGCCGCCUGUGGCCGCCCCCCACGGCCCGCCAACACCAUGCCAUCAAUCAACAUUCACAUAAUCGAUUCUCCGACACCCGUCAAUCGCAUCAAAAUCCCCCACGCCCGCACCACAAAGAACCAAGAAUCGAUCCCCCCUCCCACCCCCAGACCCACCGGAGCAGCGAGGUCGCAAACAGCCAUCCCCACCGAAUGA